AUGGCCGGGAACAGCGCGGGUUCCGACAAGCCUGCGGAUGGAUCCAACUCCAGUGCUCAUGCUCAAAAAGCAGCACAGUCUCGCGCGCUCGAAUCUGCUGGUGCUUCGAACUCGAUGGGCGGACCUCAGCAGCCAGCUCAGCCUUCUAUCGAGUCGAUACCUAUGCAAUCGCGUCCGUCUUCGAGCAGCGAUACGCAGACUCCUUCGAUCGCACCAACAACAGCCCAGGCUUUACCCGCAGCGGUAUCGUCUUCUACCAGCUCGAGUCCCAGCAGCGCUGUCAUCGCUGGAGCGGUGCUCGGUGGUGUGGUCCUGCUCCUCGCUUUGGUCAGCCUUGUAGUGAUCAAGCGCGGUCACCGAAAGAAGGCGGCUAAGCGCACCAAGCAGGGCGGUGCUCGACACGCUACAGUGCAGAACCCGUGGACAAGUCGGUCAGAUCUGAUGGGGUCUCUGACCGACAUCCAGUAUCUGAGCUUCAAGACAGAUCACUGGCCUUACUUGCAGAGGGAUCGCUCGCGCACUGCGCCAGUGCAAGACCAUGUCAAGGUGUCGCUGCCAUCGCAACCCGCCAAGAGCGACAUUCGGGAGCAGAGACCAGCAGCGAUUACAAUUGUGGCAGACCACUCCGGUGUCGAGUUGGCACCGCUCAGUGCGGCACCAGCAGAAGCUCUCACGGAUCACGAUCACAACCUUCUUCCGAAACCAAGAACACGUGAAGCAGAAACGACGGUGGAAGGCGACGACACACAGAUCGACCGAUGUCUGAGCUACUACAUGAAACGACGUACUUGUGCCUCUAUGCAGCCCGAAACCAUGUCCGCACUCCCAUCGCCCCUGCCACAAGCGCUGGACAAUCCGCCGUCACCGACUCGAGCACCGACCAGCGCCGCUCGCAUCAGCUUCACCAAGUUUGCCAAAACGGCCAACCUUUUAGAAAAAAUCCGCAGGUCGCAGAUCCGGCUCAACGACGAAGCGCUAUCCAAGGCCAGAAGUGAAGGUUUCCGUAUUUCCAGAGCACCCAGUCACAAGAUCAUGACGGGCAGAGAGGUAGAUGAACCCUGCCCGUCUCCCGCCAGCUUCGCGAGCCGCACAGAAGCGACCAAGGACGACGCCUCGUCGUCCUUCUCCCCGGAAAGACAGACAGGCACCAAGAUUCCCGCGCACCAGCGUCCGCAUUCUAAGCUGCUUUAUCAACACGGCGAAACCCCGAGCGCAGGUGGUGGCGACCAAGACGCGCUCGGCUCAUCACCGGCGAUCAGCGAGGAGCCGCACUCUGCGUUUGAGUAUGCUGAGUACUACGACUCGUGCCUGCCCGCCGCAACUUCCCCUGCGCGUACUCCAGCACGACAAGCGUUGACGGCCAACGAUGCCGAAGACGCGAUUGUCAUGCCGUGGGGGGCCAACCACUCGCCGUGUCGCUCUUCCGCGCUGUCGCCACGUCGCUCGGAAAACAUGAGCAUUCGUCAACGCAGUGCCACGUUUAGCCAGGCGUCGCCUUUGGCCUGGCCGGCGAGUUUGAGUGUCGAAACGGAUGGUGAUGCGGCUGUGGCUGGUCGGGGAGGGAUGGGUUCUUUGAGUAAUGUCUCGAUGCAGCGCGAGUCGGCUCAGGUCGACGAGGUGAUCCGAUUCUAG